AUGAUGUAUAUAAACAACCAAUCAAUCUAUCCCAUCAAACCAACAGCCUUCUCAAUCAAACCUCAGUAUCCAAAAGCUUUACAUUAUUCUCUCAACCUCAUGGCAUCCAAAAAUUCCUUUCCUCUCUCACUCAAAAGGAAGCUCUCCCUAGUUUUUCUAGCCAUCACAAUCACAUAUGUCACCUCAGCUCGAGUCCUCGACGAGGAAGAACCGCUUGGCCCUGUUGUUGCACCUGUGGCAUCUGAUUCAGUGGACCAACCCGUUUCCGGUGGAACCCCAGCAGGUACUGCCCCAGUUGCUGCACUGGGUGCUGCAGUCCCUGAUGAUCAUACCUUUUCCUUCUUCUUGCAUGACAUACUUGGUGGUACAAACCCCUCAGCUAGAGCUGUGACUGGAAUGGUAGUGAACCCAGCUCUUAAUGGUCAAGUCCCGUUCGCCAAGCCCAACGGUGCUGUCCUCCCAGUUAACAAUGGCGUCCCAGUCAACAACGCCAACAGUGGAGUUAUCAACAACAACAACUUACCCUUCCUCACUGGACUUGGUGGAACUACACCUAAUGUGAUGCAAAACAAUGGAAACAACAUCAUCGGUGGAGGGUUCGGGUUUCCAGCCCUGAAUAGUGCCCAGCUCCCCGGAGGGAAUGCCCUCCAGAAGCUCAUGUUUGGGACAAUAACCGUGUUUGACGAUGAAUUAACCGAAGGGCAUGAUCUCGGUUCUGGUUUGGUUGGUAAAGCACAAGGGUUUUAUAUAGCGAGUUCAGAAGAUGGAACAAGCCAAACCAUGGCGUUCAACGUCAUGUUUACGAGUGGCAGUUACGUUGAUAGUCUCAGCUUCUUCGGUGUCCACCGGACCGCUGUCUCGGAAUCACACCUUGCCAUCAUGGGUGGCACUGGGAAGUAUGUCAAUGCUAAAGGCCAUGCCAUAGUUAAGACCAUUCCGGCAGUGUCCAGCCAGCAUAAUACCGAUGGAGUGGAGACUAUAUUGGAGAUAAUUGUGUAUCUCACUUACUAG